UGAAUGAUGGCGGAUGCAGCGGAAUGUGUUUGAAAAAAUCAAAGAACAAUAUUUACCUUUAUUCUCUAAAGAUGAUUCAUUGAUUAGAACAAUUCCACGGAGGAUUUGCGAUGUUUUUUUCCUGGGCAGGCAGCCUGGGAAGCCGGCAUCUACUGUUUUCAUUUAUGCUCUAUACAGCCUGCGGAGUCGGGAACGGCCAGGUCCAUUACGCGGUACUGGAAGAGGCAAAACACGGUACAUUCGUGGGGCGCAUCGCGCAGGACCUGGGUCUGGGGGUCGGGGAACUGGUGUCUAGGCUGUUCCGGGUGGUGUCCAAGGGCCGUAGGGACUACCUAGAGGUAAAUGUUCAGAAUGGCAUUUUGUUUGUGAAUUCGCGGAUCGACCGGGAGCAGCUGUGCGGCCGCAGCCCUGUUUGUAGCAUCCAUCUGGAAGUGGUUGUGGACAAACCUCUCCAGGUUUUCCAUGUGGAGGUGGAGAUCAAGGAUAUUAAUGACAACCCACCUGUGUUUCCAGUGAAGGAACAAAAGCUGUUUAUUCCAGAAUCCAGGUUGCCGGACUCUAGGUUUCCGCUAGAGGGUGCAUCUGACUCAGAUAUUGGGACUAAUGCUUUGCUUACGUACUCGCUCAGCAUGAAUGAUUACUUCAUUCUAGAUAUAAACUCAAAGAACGAUCAAGACAAAUUGGUAGAGCUGGUAUUGAGGAAACCUCUAGACAGAGAAGAAGCUUCUGGGCAUCACUUAAUACUGACAGCCACAGACGGAGGCAAACCUGAACUCACAGGCACCGUGCAGUUGCUCAUCACAGUCCUGGAUGUGAACGAUAACGCCCCCACUUUUGAACGAUCAGAGUAUGAAGUGAAGAUAUUAGAAAAUGCAGCCCAUGGAACGUUAGUGAUCAGACUGAAUGCCUCCGAUGCGGACGAGGGCAUCAAUCGGGAGAUAUUGUAUUCUUUCAAUAGCCUUGCUUCACCUGUGAUUAAAGAUAAGUUUCAUAUAAAUCCAGAUACAGGAGAAAUUACGAUUCAAAGAAAUUUGGACUUUGAAGAUGUAAAUUCAUUCAAAUUUCGAGUUGACGCAACAGAUAAAGGAAAUCUGCCCAUGGUUGGACAUUGUACUAUCCGAGUGGACGUCCUAGACAUCAAUGAUAAUGCCCCAGAGUUGGCGGUGACAUCACUGUCACUUCCCGUCAGAGAGGAUGCUCCUCCAGGCACAGUUAUCGCCCUCAUUAGUGUGUCCGACCGGGACUCUGGAGCCAACGGACAGGUGACAUGCUCGCUGUCACCUUCCUCGCCCUUCAUGUUGGUGUCCACUUUCAGGAAUUACUACUCCUUGGUGCUGGAGAGCUCCGUGGACCGCGAGAGCAUGCCGGUUUAUAAAUUGGUAGUGACAGCGAGGGAUGGCGGAUCACCAGCGCUCUGGGCCACUGCUAGCGUGAGUGUGAGUAUUGCUGACGUUAACGACAACGCGCCUGCCUUUGAACAGCCUUCGUACACCUUAUUUGUGAAGGAGAACAACCCACCCGGCAGUCACAUCUUCACAGUGUCUGCAUCGGACCCUGAUGCUCAGGAGAACGCACUAGUGUCUUACUCCCUAGUGGAGCGGCGGGUUGGGGAGCGUCCACUGUCUAGCUAUGUGUCUGUGCACUCCGAGAGCGGGAAAGUGUACGCCUUGCAGCCUCUGGACCACGAGGAGCUGGAGCUGUUGCAGUUCCAGGUGAGCGCCCGCGACGCAGGCUUCCCUCCUCUGAGCAGCAACGUGAGCCUGCAGGUGUUCGUGCUGGACGAGAACGACAACCCGCCGGUAGUGCUGCCGCCUCACGCUGGCCUUAGCCCAGUGACUGAGCUGGUGUCGCAGUCGGUGAUUGCGGGGCACGUGGUGGCGAAGAUCCGGGCGGUGGAUGCGGAUUCAGGCUACAAUGCAUGGCUGUCUUAUGAGCUGCUGCCUGAGAUGGGCGUUGGACGCAGCCCUUUUCGCGUAGGUCUGUACACUGGAGAGAUCAGCACUAUUCGGGCCUUGGAUGAGUCGGAUGGACCGAAGCAGACACUCCUUGUGUUGGUGAAAGAUCAUGGAGAGCCCUCAUUGAAGGCCAUAGCAACAGUGACUGUGUCACUUUUAGAGACUGGGCAGGCGUUUAAAGGUUCUUCUGUGGUUUCUGGGGACCUAGCAAAGACUGGCAUAGGACAGAAGGCGCUGGUGGAUGUGAAUGUCUAUCUGAUCAUUGCCAUCUGCUCAGUGUCCAGCCUGUUGGUGUUGAGUCUACUGCUAUAUGUAGCACUCAGGUGCUCUUCGCCCCAACAGGGCUUUCAUGGGCCUGGGAAGUCCACUCCUAUGUGUUCAAACACUGUUGGGAGCUGGUCUUAUUCCCAUCAGCAAAGACAGAAAAUUGCUCAGGGGAGGGCACUGCUAAGAACGACCUCAUGGCUUUCAGCCCGAAUCUUCCACCAUGUCUGGGUUCUCAGGAUGGAGAACAGGCAGAGCACAUGCAGAACUUGGGGAAAGUGA